UUUAACAAGAUCAGACAAGUGUCAAGCUUUGCCUGCUUAUGUUAAUGCUGGCCUUUGUCCUAAACGUUAUACUGGAGCAUCAACUGGUGACUGAAAUCCGAGAUUGUUGAAUCAAAAAUCCGAUCAAACCAAAAAAACUAGCUAAGAACCGUUGCUGCUAAAUUACAGGAAAUUUGUUAAGAUUGAGUCCGAUUCUUAGCGUUUGUCUAGGAGCAGUACAACAUUCCUCGCAUAAACGAAGCAAAUUGUGUACCAUAUUGAGCAUAUAUUGUUACGUAGUCCACUAAUAUGUUAAAAGCGAAAACACUUAUGUGUUUACGUUGUAUAUAAACAGGCCAGAAGCAAAAACCUGGAUUAUGGAAAAUCUCGUAUCAAUAUUAUUUAAGAUUUGCGUAUUAAGUUAUCUCAGUCGGAUGACGAAAUUUACAACCCUGAUAGGUCGUGGAGUGUAUAGAAGCCCAACGCAGCUGAUUUGCAAAUGAAAGCAACAGGCUGGCGUAAUAAUUCAGAGCUUAUAUUCGAGUGAAUUGAAAUUGCGACAUCUUCAUUUCGUGACGGUUCAAAAUGUUGAGACGUUUAGCGGAAUUUCACGUGACGGUCGCCGUUGUUUCGAUACUCGUUGUCACCCUACUGCCGUUCUUACCUGUACCCCUUGAUUUCGAGCCGGAAGCCUACAACGUAACUCUACCGAAGUUUGAAGGCCCGCUUGCCCCAAACGAUUUUCUGGAUCACGCAAAAAUUCUUUUCCAUCAUCAGCUGCGAGGCCCGGAGUCCUUUGCUGUUAAGGAUGGCCUGAUCUACACUGGAACUCAAUUCGGGCACAUUUACCAGAUUGACCCAGUGAAAGAAACUAUAACCAAGGUUGCCAAUACAGGCAGUGACUGCGAGGGCCUUCAUGAUGAGGAAAGAUGUGGGCGUGUAUUGGGGCUCCGUUUCGCCCCCAGUGGGGAAUUGUAUGCAACGGAUGCCUACAAAGGAUUGGUAAAGAUCGAUGUUAAGACAGGUAAAGUCAACGUUCUUGUAAAAGUCGGCGAGUAUGUAGGGUCAUCAAAACUUUUGUUUCCUGAUGACUUGGACAUUGACGAUGAUGGAGUUAUCUACUAUUCGCAGGCCAGCACACGCUGGGGACUCCAUCAGAUCGUAUACAUCAUAAUGGAGCACGAUAACACUGGAAGGAUUUUGACGUACGAUACCAAGACAAAAAGAAGCGAUGUUCUUAAAGAGAAUUUAUACUUUCCCAACGGCCUUCAGCUUUCAAAAGAUCGCACCGCCCUUCUCUUUUCGGAGCUACUAUCCAAGCAUGUCAUGAAAUACGAGCUCGAGGGUCCGAACAAGGGUAAGGUCUCCGUCUUCUCUGAAAACUUACCUGGUGAUUGUGAUAAUAUUCGCUUGACCAAUCGUGGUACGUACUGGGUGGCCAUUGGUGUUGCACGAUCUGCUGACAACCCCACGAUUUUGGACUCAAUCGCGCCGUUUCCUCUCAUUGCGAAGACUAUAAUGCGUUUUUGUUGGCUAUUGGGGCAAGCUUUGGAAUCGCUGAACAAAUUCAUCAAGUACGACACAAUUCGGGAUCUUAGCGCCGAUUUUACACACGGCAAGAUUUUGUUGAAGAUGGCGCGUGAAGGUGGUGUCAUUGUUGAGCUCGGAGACAAUGGCCAAAUAUUGCGAAGUCUUCAUUCGUCUAACUACACACUUUUUUCUGAAGUUAUGGAAUAUGACAAGAAUCUCUACAUUGGAUCAUUUAUUAAGCCGUAUCUCCUUCGAGUACCUGUGCCUUCAUCGUGAGCUUACGAUGAAGACAAUAGAUUUCUUCGCCUGUUAGACCUUCUUAAGCCACCAUGUGGAAUCCGAAAGAGGCCGGCCAGAAUUUAGUGUAUUACAUUCCAGAUACAUAAGGCUCACUCAAUGGGAUUGCUUUUUGGAAUGGAGGAGGGGAAUGUAUCAAUAGGGAUGAGGGAAUGUUAGUGACGCGAUGCAAUUGUUACACUAAAUUUUUGCUAGAACUGUGUACUUCUUAAGGUUCAGCGAGAAGUAUCUAUCUGGAAUAUCGUUUUUUUAAUGUAUUUCUGAGCCUAAUGUAAAUACAAUAAAAUCGGGUAAAAUGUGUAA